AUGGUCGACACCGUCGCCGGCGCCACCGACUACCGCGGCCAGCCGGCCUCUCGUGCCGCCACCGGGGGCUGGAAACCGUCGGUUUUCGUCAUGGCGAUGGAGAUCGCGGAGCGGUUCGCGUACAAGGGCGUGGCCGCGAACCUGAUCACGUACCUGACGGGGCCGCUGGGGCAGCCGAUGGCGCGCGCCGCCGCGUCCAUCGACGCGUGGAAGGGCGUCUCCCAGAUGCUGCCGCUACCGCUCGCGUGCGUCGCCGACGCCUGGCUCGGCCGGUACCGCGCCAUCGUCCUCGCCUCCCUCAUCUUCGUCGUGAGCAUGGGCGCCCUGUCGCUGUCGUCGGCGUUGCCGGCCUUGCGCGGCGGCCACGUGGCCAUCUUCUACGUGGCACUGUACCUGGUGGCCCUCGGCGAGGGCGCGCACAAGCCGUGCGCGCAGGCGUUCGCGGCGGACCAGUUCGACGAGAAGGACCCCAAGGAGAGCGUGGCGCGGAGCUCGUUCUUCAACUGGUGGUACUUCGGCAUGUGCGCUGGCACCGCUGUCACCACCAUGGUCUCCAGUUACGUGCAGGACAACGUCGGCUGGGGACUCGGCUUCGGCAUCCCCUGCAUCGUCAUCGUCGCCUCGCUCGUCCUGUUCCUGCUCGGGACCAGAUCGUACCGGUUCUACACCACCACAGAGGCCAGCCCCUUCUCGCGCGUCGGGAACGCGUUGCUGGCGUUGAUCCAGAGCUGGGCACCGAAUCCUCGUACCAGAAAAUUAGGCGACGGCGACGAGGACAACGCCGUCGCCGUCGAGGAGGUGAAGAGCGUGCUCCGCCUGCUGCCUAUAUGGGCGUCGUGCAUAAUCUACGCGAUCAUCUUCUCCCAGACAUCGACGUUCUUCACGAAGCAGGCCGCGACGCUGGACCGCCGGAUGGGCGCGAGGUUCAAGGUGCCGGCGGCGGCUCUGCAGACGUUCAUCAGCGUCAGCAUCGUCGUCUUCAUCCCGGUGUACGACCGGCUCUUCGUGCCCCUGGCGCGGCGCUACACGCGGAGGCCCACGGGGAUCACCAUGCUGCAGAGGGUCGGCGCCGGCCUGGCGCUCUCCCUCGUCGCCGUGGCCCUGUCCGCGCUCGUGGAGAUGAAGCGGCUCCGGGUCGCGAUGGAAUCCGGCCUGGUGAACACCCCGAAGGCGCAGCUCCCCAUGACGCUAUGGUGGAUGGUCCCGCAGUACGUCCUCAUCGGCGUCGCCGACGUGUUCGCCAUGAUCGGGCUGCAGGAGUUCUUCUACGACCAGGUCCCCGACGGGGUGCGGAGCCUUGGGCUGGCCCUGUUCCUGAGCAUCUUCGGGGUCGGCCACCUCCUCAGCAGCUUCCUCAUCUCCGUCAUUGACAAGAUGACAGCGAGGAGCGGGACGAGCUGGUUCUCUAACAACCUCAAUCGCGCCCACCUCGACUACUUCUACUGGCUGCUCACUGGGCUCUGCGCCGUGGAGCUCGUCGCCUUUGUGCUCUUCUCUCGAGUGUAUGCUUACAAGAGAAAGAGUGGCAAUGGUGAUCUCGUGUGA